GCAAAAAAUCCCUCCCCAAAUUCCCGAUAUAACCCGCGCUCCUCGUCUUCUCCGGUCGUCUGCCCGCGCUCCUGGCAUAGCCGCGUAGCUCCGCCUGAGCUCCCCUGUUCAGCUCCGGUGCACAACUACCCUGCUCUCCCGUGCAUCCUCCGCCGCCGCCGCAGCUGCCUCCUCCGCCGAUCCCUCCCGCCUCACGAAGCUCCCCUCCCCCCCACUCGCCUGCCUCCCACAGCACCCUUUCACCCCACAAAUCCAUUUUUCUUGCUCUACAGGCUUCUACGGCGUACUCCGGCUCCGGCGAGCCUCCGAUCCAGCACGCAGAUCGCUCGCGCGCCGGGAUGCCGACGCCAUGGAGGACGCCGCUCCACCCCUGCUCUGCUCCGUGCCCCCGACUCCACGGAGGACGCCGCUCCACCCCUGCUCCAGCCGGAAGAGGCAACAGAGGAGGCGGGAGGAAAACAUGGAGUGGUACCAGCAGAGGCAGGAGAGGAGGCGGGAGGAAAACAUGGAGUGGUACCAGCAGAGGCAGUAGCGGACGUGGGAGGCGGCACUCGUCCUCGAAGCUAUGCAGGUGUGCGGCGGCGCUGGGCCUGACGAUGGAUGCGCUGGUCACCUCCGCGGUCAGCGGUGGAGUAGCGACGGCCCGGAACUUGCCCAACUCCCGCACUGGAGUGGGUGGCCGCUGCGGGUGCGAGCAAGGGGCUGGGGACGCGAGCAGCACAACAAGGAGGAGCCGCUUGUCAGCCGUGGAGCCGCCGCCCGUCGAGGUGUCGCCGCCCGUUAGCCGUGGAGCCGCCCAUCAACCGUGGAGCAGGUAAGCAGGGACAGCCCAAAUUGGCAGCCACAGUGCAGGUGGGCGGCGACGCAGGUGGGCCUUCGUCGUCGGCUAAGCCCUACAGCGACUGGGGCGCGCGAUGCCCGUGGGCGACGGUGGCUGGGGCGUGCGGUGCAGCGGCGACGGGAGGUGGAAGAAGCAGACUGGGUUUAUUAGCACCAGUUUUAAAAGGAUAAGGGGCUUUUUGAAAAAUUACAUUUGAACUAAGCUGAUAACAACUUUUCUCGGAUGGAGGGAGUACAACUCUCAAGUGUUUAGCGAAGUAUAUCUUCAGCAAGAACCCAUUGUAGAACUAUCAUGAGAGUUCUACUACUUAAACCGCCAGACAAAAUUUACCGGCGGGCCCAACCUAGAAUUAGGCGGCAUUUCAUUUCAGAGGUGAAAAUACGCCACCUUCCCAGCCACCAAGUUGUCUAGUCACCCCAAGGGUUGGAACCAAACAUGGUUUUAUUGCCAAGGCACCUCUCCUAAAGGGGAAAAUCCUCUGCCAGGUUAUCAUGAGAGCCGGCUUAGCAAUAGGCACCCGCUCCCUAGCCGGCUUAGCAAUAGGCACCCCCUCCCUGAUCGGAUCAGCACUGCAAAACGGGCCAAGUAUAUGCCCAUCUUUUCAAAGAUCAGAGCCUUAAUGUCUAAUGGUUUGACCGGAAUUGACCUGGUUCGAUGCUGGGUCGCCUAGAGGAUUAUGCCCUUAAGCCGCCGCUCUGGCUUGAUGUGCGAGUACACCUGUGAUUUAAAAGAUCCACAGCGCCACUGCCAGAUUCAGCUAACUGAUGAUGACAUCAACGACAUGACCAAGUCUCUGCUGAACGAGAGCUUGGCAGAUUGCAGCAGAACUGGACUAAAUCCUUUCUGCGCUCUUAACAAGCCGCCAGCUGCCGAUUUACCUUUUUGGAGUAAGAAGCUGCAAGAUAAGUCAGCCAAGAAAACCCGGAUGAAUAACAAGGCUCUUGAAAAGCCUGCAAAGAAGAAGACCAACCCUUUUGAACUAUUUGAUUUGGAUGAUAAAGAUGAGUCGGAGGAUGAUGUGAAAGGAAGCCAAGCCAAUGUUGAAGAGCAACAUGAAGCUCGCCGUAUGACCUCGAACAUCGGUGGCGGGAUUCUUUCCUCCGGCUUACCAAACACGCCGGCUCCUUGCAACUUAUCACAAUGCGGGUCUUUUUCGACAACCUCUUAA